CCUCAGUCUUUGGAAAGACUUCUACUAAGCAAACUUUUUGUGCUGUGGACUGCCUAAUCUCACCAAAAUAGGUAAGUAUUAAGUAUUUCUGAAUAUAUUCUUGUAUCCACAUAGAUACACACUCUGGGGAAAAAAUAGAAGAGGUUCCUGGUCCUUCCAAUCAGCGGACAAAGACAACAAACCCACAAUGAGGCUAGUAGAACCGCAGAGAAAAGGAUGCCAGCAUUCUCAGAUGGUCCUGUGGGUUGUUGCUUCUGUUUUCAUCACACUUCUUGGUGCUUGUUUUAUUGCAAAUUGUUUGGUGACUCAUCACAACUUUGUAUGCUGUAGGAGAGGAACAAAUAUGUUUAAGUUGCCAGAGUACCACAGGAAGUUGACGUGCAUCCGGCAGACAUCAGGACAGAAAGGAGAUACCUGGAAUUGCUGUCCUGCCGGCUGGAGAGCCUCCCAGUCCAACUGCUUUUUUCCUUUUAACGACAACAUGACCUGGGCUGACAGUGAGAGGAACUGCUCCGGGAUGGGGGCCCACCUGGCCAGCAUCGUGUCUGACGCAGAGCAGAACUUCACAACUAAAAUUCUGAAUGAAAUAUUUUCAUAUCUCAUUGGACUUAAAAGUGAAAACGCGAGAGGUCAGUGGCGCUGGAUAGAUGGGACACCAUUUAACCCACGUAAGGCACUUUGGCAUGAGAAUGAACUCAAUAAUAUUCAGAAAGAAGAUUGUGCUGUCCUUGUUCAUGACCGAGACAUAUGGGGUUGGAAUGAUUUUCCUUGUAACUUGAAGACAAGUAGGAUUUGUAAGAUACCUGGUGCAGUAUUCAUGUAGAAAUCUACAAAGUAGCCUUCCUGAUGCAGACAGAAAAGAGUUAAUGAGAUGACAGCAUAUACAUCCAUCAAUGAAAUAGAGAAAAGAUGCUCUUCCAUGGUAUAUUUUCAGUUUUACUUAUUUUCUUCUUUUUUUUUCACUUUUCAAAAAACUUUAGAUGAUAUAUUAACAUCCUAGAGAGAACCAUUGUUUUCUUAGUUGUCAACUGUACAAAUAAAACAUUAAACACAAAUUAAAGUUAAACAGAAGGUAAGAAAACUGUCCAGACUUCUUCAAGUUGGUUGAAUCAAGUUGAGACUUGAUGAUGUUGUUUUGCUAUAGUUCUUCAAUGGUCUCUUCAAAAAGAAAAAAAUCCUUAACUUGGAGCACUAGCUUCAUAAUAAAUAAUAUGGUAGCUUUACUUAUUUUCUUUAUCUUUCCUGUCUUUAUAGUAUGGCAAGGUAUUUACUUUUCACUUUGUUUGCAUUGACUUCAUAUGAAACAGAACAGCUGGAAAAAAAUGCAAUCUUUUUGUCAUUUUUCUCAUGGUCAAAUUCUUAAUUCUUAAAAUAUCAGAGUAAGAUAUUUUAACUGGUAGUGGUGAAUCAUAUUUAACCCAAAUUCAGGGACAUUUAAAAAUUAUUUUAGGAAUAUGUAUAUAUAUAUGUAUAUAUGUGUAUAUAUAUAUGUAUAUAUAUAUAAAAUUGUUUGAUGAUUCAUUUUCAAAUUUUUAAACAACAUGCUGAGAUUCUGUGACCAGAUUUCCACAGCAACAAUACAGAUUAUUUCUAAACUAUGGUAUUAUACGGGGAAGUAAAAAGUGCAUAUAUUUAACAGGCUUAAUUUUUAUUAUAUUCUCAAUGUUUCUUUAAAGCAGGUAGUUUUAAGGUGGUUUAAUUUCUUUUUCAGUGGAAAAGUCCAUUACAGGCUGCUAGAAAUAAACUCCCUCCCUCAACUAUGUAGCUGAGGCGGAAACAAAACCCCCAGGAAGCUGAUAGGCCCAUCUCUGUGAUGCUGAUGCUUGUGAUUAACAGGCCUGGGGCCACAUCUGCCCUUCACUAGAGAUGAGUGCCUCCCCUUUGCAAUUCUAAGAAUGUUUAUGGGGAUAUCUUGGCCUCUUUAUCAUGAACUAAAAGUUCUUAAUUAUUUGAAAUUGCACUUCACUGGUGUUUUCAUUUAUAAUGUGAAUAAGACUCACAUUUUUUAACCCAUUUAUAUGUUGCUAAAAGUCACAUCCAACUUCAAAAUAUGUUAGACUUUCUUACAAUUUUGCUGAUCUCUCAGCUGCUUUUAAAAUUUGCUGUCAACCACUACUUUAUAAGAAACUCUAAUAUUUAUUCUGUAAGUCAGUUAUUGACUUUGUUUGGAGACUUACUAUUUGGUUAUGUAUGAUGAUGAUGAUGGUGAUGUGAUGUCUUUGUGCAUAUGUGUCUACACUUAAAGCAGCUAUUCUGAAGUGGUGCUAAGUAACUGCAUUUUCCUUUCACUAAGCUAUAUAACACAAAACCUGUUGAAGUAACUUUUUAUAAGUUCAACUGGGCUUUGUGUAGUUAAUAUCCAUUUGUAAUUCAUAUUCUGUGUACAGACAGAAAUUCCAUUGUCAAUAAAAUGUAAUGUGUAUGUGACUUCAUUAGUCCGUACCCACACUUGUACCUUUCAUCCUGUUUUUCCCAAUGCUGGCCAUCUUUCGUCACCUCCAAUGCAAUAUCCAUGCCCCAAGCCACCAUCUCUAUCUGGAUUAAUGAGAGGGCCUCUUCAUUGGUCUCGGUUUUCACCCUAAGUCUUUUUUCAUCUCUCUUCAACUGCCACAGCACUUGUUUUAUUCUUCACGAUUUCUUUAAAAAGGCUGACAGUGACAGUCAAAAUAGAUUCUAGUUAUUUUAGUAGAUUGUACUAGCUCUAAAGCUUAACAGUUAAAGAAUUUUAUGUGGUGUUAUUUUCCAAAAAAGUAAUGUAUAUAUGAUUUUAAAAGCAAACAAUAAACACAUUGAUAAAUG